CAUCAAGCUUACACACCAACAAGUGGUUGGACUGGAACAGAGUUUUCCGGGGUUACACUUCAAGUCUUCUCCGACGAAAUUAAAAUGUUGAUUUCGAAUGCAUAUGCAGUGAAGUGAAUUGACCUUGAAAAAAUGGUGGAUAAAUUGCACGAAUAUACGGGAUAUUUGGGUUGGUUCCACGAGCAAAAAGAUAGUUUCAAAGAAAAAUAUGCCAGCUGGAAAGAACAACACACAGGAGGUUUUGGGGAGUUCUUGAAAGGACUGGUGAUAAAGAAAAAUGAGAGAACUGAUAUCGUUCAUGAGGAUUAUUCACAUCUGUACAGGAAGAAGACCAGACGAGAGCUAAUGAGAAUAUCGAUGGCAGUUACUGGUAUUGAAUUCUCUUAUGCGGCAGAGACUGCGUUUGUUUCUCCCACACUGCUCAAAAUAGGGGUUGAACAUCAGCAUAUGACUUUGGUUUGGGCCUUGUCGCCUCUCAUCGGUUUCUUCCUGACGCCUGUUUUCGGGUCUUUGAGCGAUAGGUGUCCACUUAAAUUCGGCAGAAGACGGCCUUUUAUUAUACUGCUGUCAAUAGGAGUUCUUCUAGGUCUAAUAUUGGUUCCAAAUGGUGAAAAAUUAGGUCUUGCAAUGGGAGAUACGCCAUCCUUCAGAAAUCUUUCAGGGAAUUUGCAAAGCGCACACAGAACUUCAGCCACAAAACAUGAUUAUUCCUUUAAUUCUACAACAAAAAACGAUCCUUCCCAAUACAGUAUAGGAAAUCAUCCUUGGGGAAUCUUCUUCACUGUAUUGGGCACAAUCUUACUGGAUUUUGACGCUGACGCUUGCCAAAGUCCAGCCAGGGCUUAUCUGUUGGAUGUUACCAUUCCAGAUGAUCAUGCAAGAGGCUUAAGUACGUUCACAGUCAUGGCUGGCUUAGGCGGCACCAUGGGAUAUGCCAUGGGUGGAAUCAAUUGGGAUGCAACUGUAAUAGGAAUGUUAUUGGGAGGGCAUGUCAAAGCAGUAUUCACAUUGAUAACAAUCAUUUUCAUCAUUUGUGUGACAUGCACUGUCACCAGUUUCAAAGAAAUGCCGUUAGAAACGCUGCAAAUGCCUAUCGAUGAAGAAAACAGAGAAAUAACACAAAGGAAAGAAGAACAAACAAACAUUUUAACUAAACCCGAAGUUUCAUAUGGUACACUCGUCGAUGAAACUGAGAAUAAGGAACAAGAAAUGGCUAAUGUUGAGGAGGUAGAAAGAAGCAAAUUACAAAGAGCUGCAAGCUUGCCUCCGCCACCAGCAGAUGCGACAUUGUUGAUGUACCUUAAGAGUAUAGUUUUCAUGCCAACAUCUUUACUGAAACUUUGUCUUACAAACUUAUUCUGUUGGAUGGCUCAUGUUUGCUAUUCUCUGUAUUUCACAGAUUUUGUUGGAGAGGCUGUGUUCAAUGGGAUUCCUACGGCACCGGAAGAUUCAAUAGAAAGAAUACGCUAUGAGGAAGGUGUACGUUUCGGCUGUUGGGGAAUGGCUAUGUACUCCCUUUCUUGUGCUUGCUAUUCGACAAUUAUCGAAAAAAUGAUACACAAAUUUGGGGCCAAAAGAGUUUAUAUCACUGGUCUUCUUAUUUACUCUGUUGGUAUGUUUCUGAUGGCAGUUACUAAGAAUAAAAUUGGCGUUAUUUUAUUCAGUUGGACAGCUGGAGUGAUGUAUUCAACUUUAUUCACGAUGCCAUUUCUUUUGGUGGCUCAUUAUCAUGCAAAAGGAGUGUUCGAAACAAAUCCAGAAGGUGAGGAGAAAGUUAUAGGUCAGGUGCGUGGACUUGGAACAGACUUGGCCAUAGUAUCGAGCAUGGUAUUUUUAGCUCAGUUCAUCUUAUCCAUAACAAUGGGGACAAUAGUCAGGAUAUCAAAAACAACAACGGCUGUUGUCAGCGUAGCCAGCUUUUUAGCAUUUUGUGGAGCCAUUUCAGCGAGAUCAGUAUUAUACCUCGAUCUUUGAAUUAUUAAUUUAGAAAUAGAAUAACGUGUUUGGAAAUCUGCCCAUGAUGACUUAUAGCCAGAGAUAUUUUAAUCGGUCUGCACGGCUGUUUACAUUAAAUAAAAACAAUAGUAUAAGAAAUAAAAUUUAAUCCAAUUCAA